CUUCGAAUCGAGUGUGUGGGCGUGGUUUGCUUGACGCUGUGUAGAUCUGUGGUACCGCCAAGCUAGAGCUUCCGAAGUGUUUUCGGGCUGGCUGUUCUUUGUCCUCCAUUACAGCUCGGAUUCCCAGCUUGACUGUACGGCGCAGGCCCGAAGUAGCGCAGCCGCUCUGAGACUAGUGAGAGUCCCCCCGGUGUCCCCUGGCCAUGGAAGAGCACGCGGUACACCAGGCGGCGGAGCACAUGAGCACCAUCGAGGCGCAUGCCGUCUCGCAGCAGGUGCAGCAGGUGCACGUGGCCACCUACACGGAGCACAGCAUGAUGAGCGCCGAUGACGAUUCGCCCUCCUCACCCGAUGAUGACACCUAUGAUGACUCGGACAUCCUCAACUCCACCGGCACUGAUGAGGUCACUGCCCACCUGGCCGCUGCAGGGCCAGUUGGAAUGGCAGCUGCUGCUGCCGUGGCAACAGGAAAGAAACGUAAAAGGCCACACAUCUUUGAGUCUAACCCCUCGAUCCGAAAAAGACAGCAGACAAGAUUACUCAGGAAACUGCGGGCCACUCUGGACGAGUACACCACGCGUGUGGGCCAGCAGGCCAUUGUGCUGUGCAUCUCCCCCUCCAAGCCCAACGCCGUCUUCAAGGUGUUCGGGGCCGCCCCACUGGAGAAUGUUGUGAGGAAGUAUAAAAGCAUGAUUCUGGAGGACCUGGAGAAUGCACUAGCUGAGCAUGCACCCGCCGGAGGGGAGCUGAGCUCCGAGCUUCCCCCUCUAACUAUCGACGGCAUCCCCGUGUCUGUGGACAAGAUGACGCAGGCCCAGCUCCGUGCCUUCAUCCCAGAGAUGCUGAAGUACUCCACAGGCCGUGGGAAGCCCGGCUGGGGCAAAGAGAGCUGCAAACCCAUCUGGUGGCCGGAAGACAUCCCCUGGGCCAACGUCCGCAGCGAUGUCCGCACCGAGGAGCAGAAGCAGAGGGUGUCAUGGACACAGGCCCUGCGCACCAUCGUGAAGAACUGUUACAAGCAGCAUGGACGUGAGGACCUGCUCUACGCCUUCGAUGACCAGCAGGUGACCCACCAGCAGGUUGCCACGACAGCCACGCACAGCAUCGCACACCUGGUCCCCUCACAGACAGUGGUGCAGACUAUCAGCAACCCAGACGGCACCGUAUCACUUAUACAGGUUGGCACGGGACAAACUGUGGCCACCCUGGCAGACGCUUCCGAGUUGCCUGGCACAGUUACUGUAGCACAGGUCAACUACUCGACCGUGACGGAUGGCGAGGUGCACCUUUCAAACUGGGCAACGUUGCAGGGCGGCGAGAUGACCAUCCAGACCACGCAGGCGUCCGAGGCCACGCAGGCCGUGGCGUCGCUAGCCGAGGCCGCCGUCGCUGCCUCUCAGGAGAUGCAGCAGGGGGGGACGGUUACCAUGGCAACAGGCAGAGGUAAAGCAAAGGGCAGUGAGGCGGCGGCCCAUGCAGUGGCCACUCUGGCUGAGGCUACGCUGCAGGGCGGUCAGAUCGUGCUGGCGGGAGAGACAGCGGCCGCCGUGGGAGCGCUGACUGGAGUUCAGGAUGGCAGUGGCCUGGUGCAGAUUCCCGUCAGCAUGUACCAGACGGUGGUCACCAGCCUCGCCCAGGGUAACCGGCCCAUGCAGGUUGCCAUGGCACCGGUGGCCACACGCAUCGAGAACACGGUGACGCUCGACGGGCAGGCCGUGGAGGUCGUGACCCUAGAGCAGUGACACACUCCCCCCCUGCAGGUGUUUGGGACGGGCAGCGUCGACCCCCAGUAGAGCCUCCCUGGGGGGAGGGGGGUUCUGAGAGCUGGGGAGACGGCACACCUGUUUUCACACACUGUAAUAUAUGCGUUGUAUAAAGACAAAAAAAUAUUGCUAUAUAUUUUUGACUUUUUACACCUGCAGGGGAUUUACAGGUUCUAGGAUCAUUAUCAAUGCAUCGUUUACUGUGUAAAAAAAAAAAAGAGGAUGUUUCUUUUUUGGGGGUUUUGUGUUUGUUUUUCGUUAUGGAUUUUCAUUCUUUUUUUUAGCUUUCUGAUGUUAAGGGUCUAGAGUAUUUAGUAUUUAUUUUUUAAAGCAUUCAGCAAAGCGAAAGGAGGCAAACCAAAAAGCAAGGGUGGGAUGGGGAUGAGCCUGUGGCCUUCCCCCCACACUCUCAUACCACCACACAAUCCAUUUCAUCCUUAAGUGUGCAUUGCAUUUGUUUUUCCUUUUUUUUUUUUUUUUGUGUGUGUUUUUUUUGAGCUCUUGGAAUGAGGCAUUUUUACCUGUAGGUUGCAGGCACUGGCGGGUCCCCAAGAUGUGUUCCAUCUUUAAUUCACUCUUGUCUCUGUAUGAAACACCCAGACCACCCUCAGUAUGUUUUGCCUUCAUCACAGACUGCAUUAAAUGUGACUCUUCUCUGUCAUGGUCGUGGUCACUUUGUUUCCGGCACACUGCACAAGGGUUCGUUUAAUACGCGUAUGGAAUUUCAGUUGUUCACUUUUGUAUAUCGAACAAAGAGAUUGACAGUGAAUGCAGCUAAAAAUGGGUGGCCUGGUAUGUAAGUGUGUGUGUGUGUGUGUGUGUGUGUAUGUAUGUAUGUUUGUAUGUAUGUAUGAAUUGCCAAGGAAGCCAUUUGGAAAUCAAAGUACACUGCCUCUUUUUGUCUGUCCCACUCUUGUCUGGUGGCUUUCCUGGGUGUUUUAAAUGCAUAUCUACUAUGAAAAAAUGCUUUGUGUGUGUGUGCAUCUCCCUUAGGAGUGUUUCUCCUGUACAACAUUUUAUACAUUUUGAUGAAAAAUAAGAGUAAACAGCUGUAUCCAUAUGAAUGGAACUUUUAUUUAAAAGAAAAUGACAUUGGUAUUGGAAUUUCAAAAGAUAAGACAAAAACUGUAUAAUGUUGGAUGGGAGUGACAGAUGGAUAAUGAGGAAUUCAAGGCAUGUGGUCUACG